GGACUGGACCGGAGCGGAGCGCUGGUCGAGGUCUGCGUUCAGGAUGGCUCUGCGCCCUGCGCCCCCGUUGCUUCUGGGGCUGGUGGCGGUCGCCCUGCUGGAGAGCGGCUUCGGCUCCUCCUCGCACUCCCUGAAGUAUUUCUACACCGCCAUGUCGGACCCCAGUCAGGGGCUGCCCCACUUCGUCUCUCCGGGGUACGUGGACGGUCAAGUCUUCGUCUACUACGACAGCAGCAGCAGGAGGGAGCGGCCUCGAGUCUCCUGGAUGGAGCAGGCGGGGAAGGAGGACCCCCAGUACUGGGACAGAGAGACCCAGAUAUUCCGUGGCUGGGAGGAGGUGUCCAGAGUUGACCUGGCGACUCUGAGGCGUCGCUACAACCAGAGCGAGGGCCUUCACACCUGGCAGUUGAUGGUUGGCUGUGAGCUCAGGGCAGACGGGAGCAAAGCAGGGUUUUGGCAGUAUGGCUACGACGGGAGGACCUUCAUCACCUUCGACAAGGAGAUCCUCACCUGGGUGGCAACCGACCCCCAGGCCCAGGUCACCCAGAGGAAAUGGGACGCCGAUCGAGGAUUUAAUCAGGGAGACAAGGCCUACCUGGAGGAAAUCUGCCCUGAGUGGCUGGGGAAGUACCUGUCCUACGGGAGGGAGACGCUGCUGAGGACAGAGACCCCGGUGGUGACGGUGAGCAGCAGGACGGAGGCCGAGGAAGGGAUGGAGACACACGUCUGCCGCGUGGAUGGCUUCUACCCCAAGGAGAUCGACGCCUCCUGGAGGAGGGACGGGGAGGUCUGGCUGCAGGACACCCUCCGUGGGUCUGUGGCCCCCAACGCGGACGGGACCUUCCACUACUGGCUCAGCGUCCGGAUCGAUCCCAAGGAGAGAGGCCGCUAUCGGUGCCACGUGGAGCACGAUGGCCUGCAGGAGCCUGUGGAUGUGGCCGUGAAGGGUGAGAGGCGGCAGGGAGGGAAAGGCUUGUCUCUUUUUCAGGCUGGAAGAUGGUGGGAGAGAAACGUGACCCCAGCUUAGGCAGGAAAGGGGCCACCAGUCUGAUUUUUUGCCUUCAGAGACUAAGACGGCUUUCCUCCUGUAGAGAAGGAAAUGUCCCUGUGUCGCUGCUCUAAGAAAGAAGUGCAGACGUUAUUUUACGAUCAGGGAUCUGUUGGAAUUCCUGAGGCUCAGCAUGAAACCCAAGGAAAAAAACCCUUGUCAAACAACUCUGCCUGUGCUCGUGACUUCCACUGACAUGUUUUACGCCGGACUCCCAAAACUGCAGAAUACCCAUCUUCUAUUGAUGAUAGCUUCCCAAUCAUACAAAAAAUGUUCAAUUUUUAUUCUUACGCUGAUAGGCAC